CAACCGAGAAGCAUCAGUGCUUCGAUCGAGUGUCCGUUCUCACCGAUUUAGAUUCGACGAGUCCAAAACUCUAAAGAAAUCUGUCGGAGGCGAUAACAUUGUGACAAUUUUGUUCGAUUCGCUUUUAAAUAUGGCCAAGGGUGGUCUUUUAAUACUGAAUAUUACAUGUUUUUUUUUAGGUACAACAAUGGGUUUACCAACUUUUGGACAUGUCGAACGCAAUCGUUUAGAAACCUACGAAGAUCUCUCGGAUCAAUCGAUCGAUCUAAAUCUCUUCAGCAAUUUGACUUUUCAAUUUUCUUGCGAGAACAAACCGAUUGGUCUUUACGCUGAUGUCGACUACGAUUGUCGGAUUUUUCACGCUUGCGACGAAGAUGGAAAAGGCUUUCCAAUGAUUUGUCCGAAUAAUACGGUCUUCGAUCAAAGACAACGAGUUUGCAGCGACAUUGUAAACGACUGCGAACACGCUCAGGAAUGGUACUAUAUCAACGAAUUACCUUAUUCCGAUGAAUUAACAGAUUAUAACAAAGUAGAAUCGAUCGAGGACAAUAUACCCACGGUCGUGCCACUUGCUGCAGCUUAAAAUCAAAUUAUUGUAUUAUUCAUAAACAGUUUAUUAA